AUGCUGGUGCCAGCUGAUGGCGAGCUAAACGCCUUUGGGGGGAUGACGAUGAGUCUGGACACAGCAAAUCAGAAGAAGACUGCUCGACACGAGCUACGUUCCCGUCUGUCUCGGCAUGGUCAACCUGCCGGAGAGCUUCUAUUCAGGGCCUUGCUGCAACAGACUCACCAGCUGCUGCUGCUCUCGUUUGCCGGUCCCGAUCUCACCCACCACAAGGCGCUGCCCUGCCACGUCGAUAUCCAGGCAGAGAUGAAGCGCACCAGCCGCGAGCUCCGCGCGCUGGGCCUCUGCAACGAAGACGUCUGCAUCCACAGUUGCGCCUGGAAUGAGGAGGUCUGGCGCGUCAUGUACUUUACUUUCGACCAGGCCUACUUUGAGUCGUCGGAGCCGGGCACGCCCGAGUCGCUCGAAUCGUCAAAGCCGGCAAAGAUGAUCGAGCCGUCUGAUCCGAGAACACUAAAGGUCGAGCUACUGGCAGGUCCGUCAGAGCUGCCUGUCCUAGAGCCGGCAAAGCCGCCUUUCCUGAAAGACUCUUCCAAGUACACGUCCGGACAACAAGUCCCAUCUGAACAGACACGGUCUCCUUCACCUGCUAAGCGGGACUGGACCAGUUUGCAACAUGAGCUAAUGUAA